AAUUAACAAACAAACAAAAAAAACCCAAUACACCAAGAACAAUUUACUGCGCCGCAAGUUUUAACGUUGGUAAAGUCAUCAACCAGCAGCAGCAACAACAGCAACACCAGCAGAAAUCGAAAGAAUUUUUCGUUGGAGAACCAAAAAGAAGAACAAAAGCCAACGAGGACAACGUAGAAAUAUAUAUAUAGAUUUAUAUAUUUGAUGAAUAUAUACUACUUAUGUAUUUAUCGAGAAGAAAAACAAGAACUUUGAACAAAUCAACAGCAGAGUGGAGGAGGUGGUGGCGGUGGAGGAGAAGAAGACGGGACGGAUCGGUUGAGACAUCAUUGCCGCCUAAAGAAUUGCGAUUUAAACAAAUGUUGCGCCGCAGCAAAAUUGAAUAAGAAAAACGCAAGGAAACGUCAUUGAACGCACAGCGAGAAGCGGACUCAACCGUUGUGAUCCGCUGGACGGAUGCUGGCAGUGCGGUGGGGGCCGGUGAUGCAGUAGCAGCUUGUCAACACCCACACACACAAACACAACCAGACAUUUUGUAACCUCAAGAUCACCAUCACCAUCAUCAUCAUCAUCAUCAUUAUUAACUGAAACAGCCAACAAAAUGAUCUCAAACAAAAAAUCGUAUGCCAUGAAAAUGCUUCAUUUGGCUCUGGCCUUGAGCCUGCUGCAUGUUGAUCCCGACUAUUUGCUCCGCCGUUGGGAUCGGGAAUCACAAUUGGAAUUGUCUCAUUAUGGCGGCGAUGGUAACUGGGAGCUGGAAAUGUUACGUACAGUGCCCAUGAUUGAGACUCAACAUCCGUAUGGUAAUCGCAAAGAUAUCCAUCCACCAAUACGAAUCGAGGAUUUCUUACCUUUCUAUGAAAUUGGUAGCAACGAUGGCCGGGGAUCUGGUGAGGGUAAAUUGCCCACAAUAUUCAAUGCCAGCGCCUUGGUGAUGAAUCUUCACAAUACCACUGGCAAUAGUAGCAUCCAGACAACUGCUCUACAGGAUAUGCAAAGUAAUCGUACCGGUGGGGCCUCUGGCAAUUCUGUUGUCGGUGGUUCAAGUGCUUCGGCUGGUGGUGGCGUUGGCGUGCCUGGCACGGGAUCAACGAGUGGCUCCACCUUGGGUGAAUUGCACAUAGAUACCGCAUCGCUAUCAACUGGUCACAAUCACAGUUACAAUUUACUUGCUGGCGGUUCUAGUUUCGGGGAAGUGCCCAGUUUUCCAUCAUCUACGAAUCAGGAAACACGUUCGAUUUUAGAACAAAAUUUGGCCGAUCUUUUGGACUUUAAUGAUUUGCCUCCCUUGGCCACACCAUAUGCAAAUUUGCCACUUAAAGAUGGUCAACAGCAAUCACCGAAUAAUACUCAUUUGGAUCUCAAUCUGGCAGCUUUAUUGCAUGGUUUUGCCGGUGGCUUGACCGCGGUAGAAGAUGCCAAUGCAUUGAAUGACAGUACUCCGCAUCCCAGUAAUGGCGGCAGUUCAAUUGUUGAACAAUUUGGUCCCGAUGGCAACGACGACGAUGAUGAUCUGCUACUCAAUCGACUAUUUCGUGAGACCAGUGACGAUGCCAACGAUGAGAACGAUAAUGAAGACAAUGAAGUUCAUAGAGCCAUUGGUUCUGGAAUUGCAAAUGCCUGUGCCGUUGAGGGUCUAACCACUAACGAAUCCUUUAUCAACGAGGUGGAAGUUGCCGUCGACAUAAAGGAAGAGGUGGUGGAUGAGGAGGAGGAGGAGGAGGAAAGUGAAAUCGCUGAGGUACUCUACAAGCAAGAUGUGGAUUUGGGCUUUAGUCUUGAUCAGGAGAAGAUUAUCAAUGCCUCCUUUGCCAGUGGCAAUAGUGGUGCAUCUGAUGCAGCUAAAGCCAAUGCAUUGGAGGAUGGCAAGCCAAGCACCGGCGAUCCUUCAACCGCUUCCCAAGAUGCCGACAAGAGUAAAGACGAUAAUGAUGAUAUUGAGAAGCUGAAAGCUUUGGAAGAGCUUCAGCAAGAAGAUAUGAACAAGAUCAAUGAAAAGGAUGCAAAUGCUUUGAAUGAUAUUACCAAUGAAUGGAAUGGAAUACCCUUUACUAUUGAUAAUGAAACUGGUGAAUACAUUCGUUUGCCUUUGGAUGAGUUGCUAAACGACGUUUUGAAGCUAUCGGAAUUCCCUCUCGAAGACGAGCUACCGGACGAUUCGAUUGCCUCUACAUCUCAAGCGGCCGCUGCAGCAGCAUUGAACGGUGGCAAUCAGGGACAAAAGUCGCAGAAGCAACGAAUUGUCUCCGAGACUGGUGAAGAAUUAUUGGACGAUAGCGGCAACGUUGUAGUUCCAUCGAAACAACCAAGGAAUUCAAGCAAUACCAACGAUCCGACUACUAGUGAUAUCGGGGACGAGAAUAGUUUCUCGGUCAGCGAUUUUGAGGAUUUACAAAACUCUGUGGGCUCGCCCUUGUUUGAUUUAGAUGAGGACGCCAAAAAGGAGCUAGACGAGAUGUUGCAAUCAACGGCAUCGCCCUAUCACCAUCCCCAUGGCCAUCAUCAUGCCGGCCAUCCACAUCCCCAUACGCAUCAUCAUCAUGCCCAUGCCCAUCAUGCGGCUGCGGCAGCAGCGGCUCACCAACGUGCCGUCCAGGCCAACUAUCCGAGUGUGAGUGUGGGCAGCGGCACCGCCAGCGCCUUUCAACGUCAACCAACUGCUGGCGGUUUUCAUCAUGGACACCAUCAGAGCCGCAUGCCGCGACUGAAUCGCAGUGUCUCAAUGGAACGUCUUCAGGACUUUGCAACUUACUUUAGUCCAAUUCCCAAUAUGGAUAUGGCACCAUAUCCUCAUUAUCCAAGCUAUUCGUAUCAGAGUCCAACAAGUGGUGCCCCAACCGCUCAGCAUCCAUCCACUCAAUACGGACAUGGUGGUGCAUUGCAGCCGCCACCACCACCACCGCCGCACCAUCAUCAUGGACAUCAUGCAGCCGCCGCUGCGGCCAUGUUGCAUCCAACUUCCGCUCUGGGCGAUAUAUGCUCAUCUGCGACUGGCCAGCCGCAUUAUGGCCACAAUUUGGGUUCGGCUGUAUCGUCGAGCAUGCACUUGACCAACUCUAGCCAUGAGGCUGAUGCUGGAGCUGCCGCAGCAGCUGCUGUUGCCGGCAAUGCUUAUAAAAUGGAACACGACAUUAUGUACUACGGGAACGCUUCUUCGGACAUUAAUCAAACGGAUGGUUUUAUGAAUUCCAUUUUCACUGAUGAGGAUUUACAUCUUAUGGACAUGAAUGAGAGCUUCUGUCGGAUGGUAGACAAUAGCACCAGCAACAACUCAUCUGUUUUGGGAUUGCCCAGUGGUGGUGGUCAUGGCAGCACAGCUCUGGCCGCUGGUGGUAAUCAUCCGAACGGCGCUAAUGCAGCAACUGUCGGUGGUGUUGCCUCUAUGAGCGCUGGUGGUUCAGUUGUCGGUGCUACGGGCAUGACUGCUGAUUUAUUAGCCAGUGGUGGUGGAGCUGGCGCUCAGGGCGGUAGUGGUGAUCGUUUGGACUCAUCCAGUGACAGUGCCGUCAGUUCGAUGGGCUCUGAGCGUGUUCCAUCGCUCUCGGAUGGUGAGUGGGGUGAGGGCAGUGACUCAGCCCAGGACUAUCAUCAGGGCAAAUACGGCGGACCAUAUGACUUUAGUUACAACAAUACACGCAUUAGCACAGCCACCCGCCAGCCGCCGGUGGCCCAGAAGAAGCAUCAACUAUAUGGCAAGCGAGAUCCCCACAAGCAAACGCCAAGUGCUCUGCCGCCUACAGCGCCGCCAGCAGCGCCAACGACGGCCCAGAAUAUCAAGUACGAGUACGAUGCCGGCUAUGGGGGCAUGACAAAUCCUGGACCAGGAGCUGCUGCCUUGCAGCAUAAUAGUGGCGAGGCUGGCGCUAUGGGACCAGCUCUGUCCAAAGAAUUUCAUCAUCAGCAACCCUAUGGCAUGGGUGCCAGCAACAGUUUCCCCGGAGAUUACGCGACCAGGCCAUCGCCUCGUACCUCUCAGGAUAUUGUCCAACUAAAUCAUACUUACUCGUUGCCCCAGGGCAGUGGAUCGCUCCCCAGACCUCAGGCCCGUGACAAGAAGACGAUGCCGGCAACCAAAAACAUGUCGAAGGGAGCUGCAGCUGCUGCCAGUAGCGCCGUCUCCGAAGAGGAGCAUCUGACGCGCGACGAGAAGCGCGCCAGAUCCAUUAACAUACCCAUACCUGUGACCGAAAUUAUUAAUUUGCCAAUGGAUGAGUUCAAUGAGCGUCUUUCCAAAUAUGAUCUGAAUGAGAAUCAGUUAUCGCUCAUCCGGGACAUUCGUCGCCGUGGCAAAAACAAGGUGGCCGCUCAGAAUUGUCGCAAACGCAAGUUGGACCAGAUUCUUACACUGGAGGAUGAGGUUCAUGCAGUGGUGAAGCGCAAGUCGCAAUUGAACAAUGAUCGCGAUCAACUGGAGGCCGAGCGUAAACGCAUUUCCAAUAAAUUUGCCAUGCUGCAUCGUCAUGUGUUCCAGUAUCUACGAGAUCCCGAAGGCAAUCCCUGCUCUCCAGCAGACUACAGUCUGCAGCAGGCAGCCGAUGGUUCUGUGUACUUGUUGCCACGUGAUAAAACCGAUAGCAACAGCACCUCAACUAGUGCAUCCAGUUCAGUGUCUGCAACAGGUGGACCACCAACAUCAUCUAGUGGCAGUGGAUUAAAUGGGCAUGGGCCUUCACAGGCUCCGUUGCAUAGUCAUGGUCAGCAUCAUCAAGGACAAGUGCAACAUGUGGCCAAUGGCGUGGCCAUGUCGCAGCAGCAGCAAUCACGACUGCCGCCGCACCUUCAACAGCAACAGGCACCGCAUCAUCAUCAUCUCCAUCAACAACAACAACAGGCACAUCCACAACAACCGGGCCAACAGCAGCAGCAUCACAAGGAAUGAAAGUGUCUGCUGCGAAUUGCCGCAACGACGAGCUGGUUGACUAAUUUCCAGAGCGAGCAACAUCGCUCCGAACAGCAGCAUCAGCAGCAGCAGCAGUACGAUUACCGUUACGAUUUCUUCAACAACAGUUACUUGUAUUACUGAGCAGCGACUCAGCGGUAUUGCCGUUUCGUGGACUUUCCUCAUUCUUCUUCAUUGUUUGUUUCUCUGCAGUGGCUGUAGCUGUGGUGGCUGAAGGCGAUUGUACGAUCGACUGGUAUGGAAAGUCUGCAACAUGUUGCUGGCAACAUAUGUUGCUCCCCUCAAACGCUGAGGAAGCAUUAACAGAAACAAUUGAAUUCGUUUCGUUUCGUCUAACUGCACAUUAAAUUUUCUUCUUAAUUUUUCUUUU